UCAGAUGUGUCCAAUAUAAUUUUCUUUUUCUCCAAACAUUUGUAAGGCAAGCUCGUGAAUCGUAAUCAUCUCUCUCCCUUCAAAGAAGAAGAAGAAGACAGAGAGUCAAAUAUGGACUACAGUUCUGAAGAGUCAGAUAUUAGUGAAUCUGAGAUCAAUGACCGCAUAGAGAAACCAUAUGAGGAGCUGAGAGCUGGAAAGUACAAAGUUAAAGGUUUGAAUGGCAACCUUAGAUGUCCAUUCUGUGCUGGGAAGAAGAAACAAGAUUACAAGUACAAGGAGUUGCUUCAACAUGCUUCAGGAGCAGGUAAAGGUUCAGCUAAAAAAAGUGCAAAACAAAAGGCAAACCAUCUUGCCCUGUCAAAGUACUUGGAGACUGACCUAGCAAGUGAAGCAGACCAAACACAACGUCCAAUUUUGCCAAAACCUGUUGCUCCACCUCCAAAGCUAGAUGAUUUAUAUGUAUGGCCUUGGAUGGGUAUCCUUGUUAAUAUAGUAUUUAGCAAUAAGGACAUUUUACUUGUUACUGAACAAUUGUUGACAAGGUUCCGGAGAUUUCAACCAGUGGAUAUUGUAGUUUUCUCGGAUGAGGAGGACCAAAUAGGACAGGCCAUUGUAAAAUUUAGUAAUGAUUGGAAGGGCUUCAUGAAUUGUUCUGAAUUUGAGAAAUUUUUUGAAACUGAACAUUGCGGUAAAAAGGAGUGGUAUGCACAGAAAAUUCAUGGUCGUAAAUGCUAUGGGUGGUGUGCACGCGCUGAUGACUAUGAAGCUCAAGGGGCGAUAGGUGAUUUUCUUCACAGGAAUGGGCAGUUAAGAACAGUAUCUGACAUUGACAGGGAAGCAGCGCAAAACAGAAGCAAUGUUGUGGCAAAGCUAGCUAAUAAAAUUAAUAUUACGAAUGAAAAUCUUAACGAAAUAGAGUACAAGUACAACGAAAAGACCAUGACAUUAAGUAGGAUGCUUGAAGAGAAAGACAGGCUAAACUAUGCUUAUGAAGAAGAAAUAAUGAGGUUGCAGCGGCUUGACCGUGGAAAAAUUCAUAGGAUACUUGAUGAACAAGAAAAACUGAAACUUCAAUUGGAGAACAAGAACAAUAGACUUGAAUCCUGGAGCAAAGAAUUGAACAAACGUGAAGCACUAACUGAGCGUGAGAGACAAAAGCUUGAUGAGGAGAAGAAAAAGCAUGGUGUGAGAAACAAUUCACUUCAAAUGGCUUCCUGGGAGCAGAAAAGGGCUGAUAAGAAUGUCGCAAGGCUGGUUGAGGAGCAAAAGAGGGAGAAAGAGGCUGCCCUAAAUAAAAUACUUCAGUUGGAAGAGGAGCUGGCUGCUAAACAAAAACUGGAGAUGGAAAUUGAAGAGAUAAAAGGGAAACUUCAGGUGAUGAAGCAUCAUAAAGAUUAUGAUGAUGCAGCAGUUCAGAAGAAGAUGGAGGAAAUGAAUGAUGAAUUGCAAGAAAAAGUCGAGGAUCUGAAUCAUUUGGAAUCUACGAAUCAAGCUCUUAUUGCUAAAGAGCGACAGAGCAAUGAUGACUUACAAGAGACUCGCAAAGAAUUAAUUACAGGUUUGACAGAUAUGCUUACUGCUCGAAUGAAUAUUGGUAUAAAGAGAAUGGGAGAAAUCAAUCAGAAGGCAUUUCAAGAUGCAUGCAAGGAGCGGUUUCAUAUUGAUGAAGCAAAUUUGCAAGCCUCAAUUCUGUGCUCUUUGUGGCAGGAGAACCUGAAGGAUCCAGGAUGGCAUCCUUUUAAAAUUGUUCAUAUCAAUGGGGAUACUCAGGAAAUAGUAAAUGAAGAAGAUGAGAAAUUACGAAAUCUCAAAGAGGAGUUGGGGGAUCAGGUGUAUGCAGCUGUUGUUACCGCAUUGAAAGAGAUGAAUGAGUAUAAUCCAAGCGGCCGAUACGUUAUUCCUGAGCUUUGGAACUUAAAAGAAGAAAGGAAAGCUACAUUAAAGGAGGUGAUCAGUUACAUGAUGAAGAAUAUCAAGGCACUUAAGCACAAGAGACCAUGAGGCAUUGGAUUUGAAAUAUUUUCACUUUUUAAAUGGGAGGUACACUGAUAUUCUGUUAAAUGAUUCUCGUAGCUUAAGUUGUUAAGAAAUUGUGAAUUUAAUCAUGGUUCUAUCAAAACUGUUUGGUGCCCCCAUGAAUUGUUUAGGGUUUUCUGCAAUGAGUAAUAGAGUAAUAGGUAGUUUGCUACUUUGCUUGUUUUGGGUUUUCUUUUAGAUGAGUUAACCUACUUUGAUUUGCUCUA